AUGUUAUUCGACACCGAGGAAGAAGUCUUAAACGAGGUGCCAGAGGACAUUUUAGUAGCUUUAAGGAGAUCUAAUAUUCCGGUAUCCAGAUUGUAUUACAGUGGGGAGAAUGAUCUAUCGACGUUGAUACUGUUUGGCAACACCAUGCGUGUACAUUUCUUAACAAGGAAGCUAAUCACCGACGAGGAUAAGAUUUUACACACUGGAAGUCAUCUGAUAGGUGAUGCAAGAAUAUGGUACCUGAACUAUUUUCCGAAAAUUUAUGAAAUGACAUUCGAACAGUUUGAGAGCCAACUGAGAAAACAAUUCUGUGGUAAUGAUCUCACGGUCACAUUAGACAUCUAUAAGAAGCUAGUGGACCUGAAGGAGGAAAAACUAGGUUCGGAAGAAUAUGCUGCAAUGUUUGCAAAGUACUCAAAGGUGUUAGACCCAAACUCACAACGUUGUUUGCUGACACUAGCAAUCUUUAUGAACGGUUUGUCACAUAUCUCUAAGUCAGUUCUGUACAGACAUAAGAUCGAAACGCUAGCAGAAGCAAUUAGCAUGAUUGAACAUUCAGAGAUGGUGUUACCACCUACAAAAACAAGUUUGAAGUCAACCAACGGUUCCAAGAAAACAGGACAACAGAAGAAUGGAGGCCACAAGAAUGCGAAGAGUCAUCGUAGUAAGUGGAAUGGAGUUCUAAGAUGUUACAACUGUGGGAGAGAAGGGCAUUAUGCCAAAGAGUGCAAGCUUAAAGCUACUGAGGCCAAGGCCAAGGUCAAUGCGAGUUCUCGCCAUCAGUGA